CAAUUUUUUUAACAAUAAACUUGGAAGAGCUUUAUGUAGUGCAAGUUAUGUUAUGCUUAUGCUUUGUGUAAGUGAAGAAAUGAUACACAAAUCAAUCAAAUGAAAAGCAAACGCCUGAACGAUAUUGCUAAUACACCGAACUCUUAGGUAAUCGAGAACCAUCAGAGUUUAUACGUUUUUGCCUGAGCAUAUAAAAAAUAUGAUACUUUGACGGUUAACAAAGUUUUAUUAUUCAACCAAUUUCUCUUCACUAAUUAUAGCAGACCUUUCUACGAAUUCACCCCCCGUGCAUGUUUGCGAAAGCGUAUGAGAGAGAGCGUGAGUGGGUGUCUGUGUACAAUAGUUGCGAAACAUUUUAAUGCGUGAAUAACAUCUCGCGGACAGUUCGCGCGUAUCGUCUGCUUCUUUGGGUGAGGUAUUUGUGUGUAUUCUAAGACCGUGCGGUAAUAUACUGUUCCGUCAGCUGAUUAACCUGUCGUUGAAGGAAAAAGCGGAGAAGUGGUGGAAACGUUCUGGGUUAUCGGCUGAGGGCGGCCUCCCACCAGCGACAGCUCGCCUACGUAGAUACAGCUCGGCGACUCUCACAGUUUCGCGAGCGCGCGCACACAGAUGCAGUCAGUGAGAGAGGCACGCCGAAGACGCAGCCCGAAACGACGUGAAAGUGCCAUAAUACUGUGGUGUGCCGAGAUUAGUACGGUGUGCGUAAACAGCUGUAUUUCUUAUACAAAAAAAAAUAGUAGUGACCUGUGUGUAUGCGAAGGGCGAGACACAAAUAUCUAGCGGUUACGUGCGAGAGUUACUUCACUUCGUGCUAUCACGAGUGACAUCUACCGAAGGACUGUUCGUCGUAUUAAAUGAUAAUAAUAACCAAUUUUAUAUCGUUCAAGAGACCGAGGAAAAUAUUCAAUCAAAAUCCAAACAGCAGACGUUUAAACGACUAAAACACAUACGUCCUCAUAAAUAAUUAAUCAAAAGAAGGAAAGAUGUAUUCCGUACGCAAAGCUAACAAAAUGUUAGCAAGGCGUAGAGUAACCUUGAGGUUGUGGAGUACUUCAAGUAGGAAUGUGAGGACAGAAGUUGAGUACAAACCUAUUCGCAGCGUUCUUGUCGCUAAUCGAGGUAUGAGAAAUUAGAUCCAAAAUUGCUUGAUGCGUUUUCCGAAGCUCUUUGUAACUACGGACUUUUUGUCUAUCUUAUAUGUAUAACAUAGUUACAUAAUGCACACGAAGAAACGCCAUUUUUGCACGUUUAACAAAAUAGUACUUCAAUUAAUAAAAAUAACAUAUUUUGUUUUCAAAUACUUUAAAAUGUAACCAAGGACCGAAAGGAAUAAACACGUGAAAUCGCCAUUCGAGUUUUCCGAGCAUGUACGGAAUUGGGCAUACGUUCAGUCGCUGUUUACUCGGAGCAAGACAAAAUGCAAAUGCAUCGACAAAAGGCGGAUGAAAGUUAUAUCGUCGGUCGAGGUUUGCCACCAGUUCAAGCAUAUUUAAACAUACCCGAAAUCAUAAGGGUGGCCAAAGAAAACAACGUUGAUGCUAUUCAUCCUGGCUACGGUUUCCUGUCAGAAAGGGCAGAUUUUGCACAGUCUGUUAUCGAUGCCGGCAUACGCUUUAUUGGACCUAAGCCAAGCGUCGUCCAGCAAAUGGGUGAUAAGGUUGCGGCAAGGAAGGCUGCAAUUGAAUCUGGUGUGCCAAUCGUUCCCGGUACAGACGGACCGGUAACCACUUCUGAUGAAGCCAUGGAGUUUUGUACAAAGUAUGGACUGCCAGUAAUAUUCAAAGCCGCUUACGGUGGUGGUGGACGAGGUAUGAGAGUUGUUAAGCAAAUGGAAGAGGUUCGUGAGAUGUUUGACCGGGCUUCUUCUGAAGCAAAAGCAGCCUUUGGCGACGGCGCUAUGUUUAUAGAGAAGUUUAUUGAAAGGCCACGACACAUCGAAGUCCAAUUGCUCGGGGACCACGCGGGCAACGUUGUACAUCUUUACGAACGUGAUUGUUCUGUUCAGCGUCGCCAUCAAAAAGUUGUUGAAAUAGCUCCAGCGCCGACACUCAAUCCAACAGUACGCGACAAAAUGACCGAGCAUGCCAUUAGAUUAGCUAAACACGUUGGCUACGGCAAUGCAGGUACGGUUGAAUUUCUGGUUGACGAAACGGGUAAUUUCUACUUCAUUGAGGUGAACGCUAGGCUACAAGUCGAGCAUACAGUCACGGAAGAAAUCACUGGUAUCGAUUUAGUCCAGUCGCAAAUCCGCAUCGCAGAGGGUAUAACUUUACCUGAGCUUGGUAUGACACAGGAUAAAAUAAAGCCACAAGGAUUCGCCAUUCAGUGUCGGGUAACUACCGAAGAUCCUGCUAAAAGUUUCCAACCAGACACUGGUAGAAUAGAGGUCUUCCGUUCAGGCGAAGGUAUGGGUAUACGUUUGGAUGGUGCAUCAGCCUUUGCAGGUGCCAUUAUUUCGCCUUAUUAUGAUUCCCUUCUGGUCAAGGUGAUCGCUCACGCAGGUGAUCUACAAUCAUCUUGCGCGAAAAUGAAUCGAGCUCUCCGUGAAUUUAGAGUUCGGGGUGUCAAAACAAACAUUCCAUUUCUACUCAACGUCCUAGAAAAUCAGAAGUUUUUGAACGGCAAUGUUGAUACUUACUUUAUUGAUGAAAACCCUCAGCUCUUCCAGUUUCAACCUAGUCAAAAUCGUGCUCAAAAGCUGCUCAACUACAUCGGUACCGUUCUUGUUAACGGUCCAACUACACCGCUUGCAACUUCUCUAAAACCUGCUGAAAUUCGACCCUACGUUCCUCAAAUAGCUAUGGACUAUGCUAAACUCGCAGCGGAAGAAGAAUCCGAUCCAGAGAAAUCAGAUGUAAUAAAUCCGCCAAAAGGUUUUCGAAAUAUUUUAAAGGAGAAGGGACCAGAGGCAUUUGCGAAGGCGGUCAGGCAGCACAAGGGUUUGCUGUUUAUGGAUACGACUUACCGCGAUGCACACCAGUCAUUACUAGCAACUCGUGUUCGGUCACACGAUCUCUUGCUAAUCUCACCGUUCGUCGCUCACAAAUUUAACAACCUCUAUGCUUUGGAAAAUUGGGGCGGCGCCACUUUCGACGUAGCUCUUCGUUUUCUCCACGAGUGCCCUUGGGAACGGCUAGAGGACAUGAGAAAAAUCAUACCGAACAUACCUUUCCAGAUGUUGCUUCGCGGUGCCAACGCCGUGGGUUACACCAACUAUCCUGAUAACGUUGUCUUCAAAUUUUGUGAACUUGCUGUGCAAACGGGCAUGGAUAUUUUCCGAGUCUUUGACUCGCUGAAUUACUUACCCAAUUUGAUUCUCGGUAUGGAUGCGGCUGGAAAGGCUGGUGGCGUUGUUGAAGCAGCGAUUUCGUACACAGGUGACAUCAGCGAUCCAAGCCGCAAAAAGUACGAUCUCAAAUACUACGUGAAUCUAGCCGAUGAAUUAGUUAAAGCUGGAACGCACGUGCUUUCAAUCAAGGACAUGGCUGGACUACUUAAGCCUAAAGCUGCUUCAAUGCUGGUCGACGCCAUUCGGCAAAAGCAUCCUGACGUACCGAUUCACAUUCAUACACACGACACCUCAGGCUCUGGGGUCGCCUCAAUGCUUGCCUGCGCUAAAGCUGGUGCAGAUGUCGUCGACGUAGCGGUAGAUAGUAUGUCCGGCAUGACUAGCCAGCCAUCAAUGGGAGCUUUAGUCGCUUGCCUCCAAGGCUCUCCUCACGAAACUGGAUUUGACUUGAGGGAUGUAUCAGAAUACUCGGCUUACUGGGAGCAGACCAGAACACUUUACGCACCUUUCGAAUGCACAACGACAAUGAAGUCUGGAAACGCCGACGUAUACCUUAAUGAGAUUCCAGGAGGACAGUACACGAAUCUUCAGUUCCAAGCCUACUCUCUGGGACUCGGUGAAUUUUUCGAGGACGUCAAAAAGGCUUACAGGGAGGCCAAUCUUCUUUUAGGUGAUAUUAUCAAGGUGACUCCGAGCUCUAAAGUAGUUGGAGACCUGGCCCAAUUCAUGGUACAAAACAAGCUCAAGCCAGCAGACGUGCUAGAAAAAGCAGAGGAGCUAUCAUUCCCUAAAUCUGUAGUUGAAUUUCUACAGGGUGCUAUCGGCGAACCUUAUCAAGGAUUCCCCGAACCUUUCAGAUCGAAGGUUUUAAAGGACAUGCCACGUAUUAACGGAAGGCCAGGCGAAAGCUUGCCUCCGUUGGACUUUGCGGCCCUUAAAGCUCGUCUUCAAGAAUCUCAUCCACGCAUUACUGAUAAAGACGUUAUGUCAGCAGCCCUUUAUCCUGAAGUAACUCAAGACUACCUUACGUUCCACGAUGCAUUUGGACCAGUGGAUAAACUUGAUACUAGGAUUUUUCUGAUCGGUCCAAAAGUUGGUGAGGAAUUCGAAGUGACUAUUGAGAAGGGUAAAACUUUAGGCAUCAAAACACUAGCGAUGGCUGAGGAUCUAACACCGAACGGGGAACGAGAAGUAUUUUUCGAAAUGAAUGGACAGUUGCGAUCCGUCUUCAUUAAAGAUAAGGAAGCUAUUAAGGAAUUACACAUCCAUCCAAAAGCAUCGAAGAAUGACAAGAACCAAAUCGGUGCUCCUAUGCCUGGCACCGUGAUUGAUAUUCGAGUCAAAGUUGGCGAUACCGUGGAGAAGGGCGCAGCUCUUGUUGUUCUUUCUGCCAUGAAAAUGGAAAUGGUUGUCCAAGCACCGCGGGCAGGAAAAAUUAAGAGCUUGGAUAUUAAUCAAGGAAUGAAGCUCGAAGGCGACGAUCUUCUGAUGACCAUGGAAUAAUGCAGCUGUUAUGGCCCUAAAAAUCAAAGACAAUAAAUCCAUUUUAUAGCGAUUCAAUCGAAGAACUUGAAUUUUUUUCAAGUAGCUUGACUGAUUUGAAAUUAAUAUUACACACUCUCUCUGGAAGAAAACGAUAUACCGAUUACGCAGUAAAUUUUUACCCAAUUAAAUAAUAAGAAGUUUAUCAUGCACAUAGGGAAUUGAAUCAUGUUGAAGCGCAAAAUUAGUGUAUUAAUAAAAUGUUGAAAAUAUUUUAUGUAAACAUUUCUUCCUAUUUGUAGAAACUAAUUAUUUUAUCAUAGGCUGUGAAUGCUGUUACGCUAUAUCGAUUACCUCAAUAACUCAUACUAAAUUACUCUUCAUUCCAAAAUACAAUUCACAUUGAAGCAAUUUUUAUAGACGAGAAUAUUUAUUUAAUUGCUUUGAUGAUACAGUAAUGCACGUUACUCUGAAGCGAAUUAUGAAUUGUACAUCACAUAAAUAAAGAACGAAAAUGAACUUACGAUCACAUACA